AUGGCUUCUGUUCGAUUCCAGGGAUUGCGCUCCGUCAUUCGGGGUCAAUGUAGCCCUCUGCGGUUUCAGCAGCGUCGCUGGGCUCAAGUCCACGAUGUUCGCUACCUCGCUUCGCACCACGAUCCCAAUCACAUCUUGGAUAGGUAUCGCUCCAAGCUAGACCAAAAGGCCAAACAAGAAGGACAUGACUCCAUCGAGUCCCUGAAGGAGGCCUACAACGAGAAGAUUCAGGAUUUGCGCGUGAAAGCAUCCACCGUGACCACCCCAGAGCCGGAGACGCCCGCUUCCAACGCCGCAGAACCCACAGCCGCCAAAGCCCCUAUUUCUCAUGCUGCGCGUGAGGUGUCCGGUAAGGCGAGCCCAAUCAAGCCGCUCAGCUCAUACCUGGAUGUCGAGAAGAUCCGCGAGCUCCCUCCUAAGGAAGUUGAGGCCCUUUGGCGCCUUCGCUUCGCCAGCAGCCCCACCUCCAUCUGCGCCGCCAUUCCCCUCGAAAUCUACCAGCGUAUCAUGAGCGCAGCGCGCCAGAACCCACAAUUCGUCCUCCCUCUCCCCCGCCCGUCAGCCGAGGGAGAGCAAGAAACCCAGGCCGACAUUCACUUCCUGCAGUGGGCAUUCCAUCCGCCUGCAGGUGAACCCGCUGCGCCCUCCGGUGAGACUGCUAAUACCCAUGUUUCCACUGUGAUCUUCACCCACCUUGGUGCCUUCAAGAUGCACGGUGCGUUUGCUCAGCCGCAUACCACUAUCACACACUACUUGGAUUUGGCGGAUGAUAAGGGCCUUGUCCUGAUGCACGGCCAGGUCGUGCCUGAACGUGGUGUUUCCACUAUGGAGGCUACUUGGCUUGCUAGCUGUGUGCAGCGCUUCUAUGAUUUCGAGGGCCAGGCGAGUGGCCGGAAGAGUGAGCUUGUUCGCAUGUUCACCCAGGGAGAUACCGAGAACUUUAAGGUUGAGGAGUUGAUGGCCGAGGCCGAGAGGAUCCAGUAG